AUGACCACCCCCAACUCUCCGGAGGCUGUGGCCGAUUCGGCCAACGGCUCCGCCACCGCGUAUGGCACGCGAUCGAGAGGUCGUAAUGCGCCGCGGCCUAAUUAUGCCGAAGACCGUGACCUAGAUGUGGACAUGGAUGCCUCUGCAGCCAAGGGACUGAAGCGCAACAGUCUUGCACUCACCAACAUUGUCAACGGGUCCAACCCUGAGGAGAAGACCUCGCCGGCGCGCAAGAGUCUAACCAAUGGCAACGGUGCAAAUGGAUCGGCAAAAGAUGCCAUCCCGGGCACUUCAUCAUUCUCCGCCAGACCGGACGAUGUGAAUGGCUCGAAUCUGCGCAAACGCAAACAACCCGCCAGCACCCCAAAUUCAAGCUCGGCCGCCAAGAAGAUUUUCACUUCGCCCCCCGACUCGGAAGGGGAGUAUUUCACCAAUAUGAUGAGUUUUGAAAACUCCGGUCCCUAUCUCAAGGAUGGUCAAUUAAUAGCGGAUGAUGGCACUACCUUCGGUCUUAAUGACCAUGUCUAUUUAAUUUGUGAACCACCGGGUGAACCAUAUUAUUUGGCUCGAAUCAUGGAGUUCCUGCCAUCCAAAACCAAGCCAGAUGGGUUUAUCGAAGCGUUGAGAGUCAACUGGUAUUAUCGUCCACGCGACAUCCAACGCCAUUCCCCGGACUCGCGCUUUAUUUUUGCAUCAAUGCACUCCGACACCUGUCCGCUAUCAUCCUUGCGAGGAAAGUGUGAGAUUCGCCAUGUGUCGGAAAUCGAUGACAUCAAUUCCUAUAAGAAGGCUCGCAACAGUUUCUGGUACGACAAGAUGUUUGAUCGGUAUAUCCAUCGAAUGUAUGAUGUGAUUCCGACAAAAGAUAUUAUUAAUGUUCCCGGAAAUGUCAAAAAGGUUCUCGAUGAGCGGUGGAAAUUCAUCCUCGUGGAGAUUGGAAAAGGGAAGGAAUUGACAGGUGCCGUCAAGACGUGCAAGCGAUGCCGGUUAUACGCCGCAAAUUCGGAAUCUGUCGAUUGUGCAGUGUGCCACUCCACCUAUCACAUGCAUUGUGUACGACCCGCAUUGACCAAGAAGCCCGCUCGAGGUUUUGCGUGGGCCUGUGCUGCCUGCAGCCGCGCCCAGGAACGCAAGCUCGAGGCACGCAAUACGCCUUUGAUGGGGGGAGCUCGACCGGACGGCGAAGAUGUAGUCAUGGAGGAGGAAGAGGAGGAGGAUCAUCACCAUGCGAACGGCAUUGCGCAUGGUCACUCCGACGGCACCCCCACAGCCGAGGAAGGUCCUAUGCCUCAGCCUGCAACCGUGGAGCAAAUUGCACAGGCAAAGAUGUGGCCUUACCGCUAUCUGGGCAUUCACUGCCGCGUCGAAGAUGCUCUUGACUAUGAUGAUCGGAUCUACCCUCGCGCAAGCUCACGUUUAGGAACAAGGCACCAGGCGAUGGUCGCAGCUUGGCCAGGCCGCGCAAUUGAAUACGUUAAGCCCCUGGACCUGAAGAAGAAAGCCAAGGCUGCUGGUACGAAAAAGGACGGGAAGUCUGCUGCUCAAGCUGCCCUGGAAGCUGCCAAGCACGAGAGAGCCAACCGACCUAAAUGGAUACAAGACGAACCCACAGGCUAUAUUCACCGCGGAAUGGAUGAGCCUGUUACGAUUAAUGAAAAGACUGGAAAGCAAGCACGUACCGCGGAGCCCUUGUUCAAGAUGCCGACUUCCGAGCAAAUUCCCGCCCGAGGCGAAGACGAUGCCCCUGGAUCGCAUUUGAGUACCGAGGAACGCGAGAAAUUCAUCGACGACUACAUGCGUCAGGCCAAGGAACUUGCUCCUGGUAUUGGUGUCGAGAAGUACAACACCAAUUUUCUCGACAAGGCCCUUUCAAUUCUCUACGCAGAGAGUUUCAAUAUACAAGCCGCUCUUGUUAAACUGAAGAAGACCAACAAAUACAAGGAUCUCAAGGAGCCUCAUCUUCGACCGGAGGAACUCAAGCUAUUCGAACAGGGUGUCGCUAAGUAUGGAUCAGAAUGGCGCAACAUCAUGAAGCACGUCAAGACCGUUCCUAUUUAUCAGAUUGUUCGGUUCUACUACAUGUGGAAGAAGACCCCUCGCGGUCGGCAGAUCUGGGGCAGCUAUGAAGGACGACGCGGAAAGAAGGAGGUCCGACGUCAUAGUGUCACUUCAUCUAAGCUGGUGGACGACGUAGCUGAUGAUCAUGACGAUUCCGCCUUCGACUCGGAAAAAGCUGUCGUCCAGAAGCGUGGAUUCCAUUGCAAGUUCUGCUCCACUCGCAGCUCGCGACAAUGGCGUCGUGCGCCCUUGGUUCCCCCCGGUACUACCAUUCUCGCUGAGCCUUCCAACAAGAAGGACAAGGGCCCCCUACUUACUGUCUCACUCUGUUUACGUUGUGCUUUGCUAUGGCGCAAGUACGGUAUUCAAUAUGAAGAUGUUGAUGAGGUUGCCAAGCGAAUUGCUAAUAGCGGCAACAAGUCAUGGCGACGCCGUAUUGACGAGGAACUGCUGGCUCAGUUGAUCGUCGCCACUGAAACCCCAUUCACCAUCAACAGUAUAACAGCAACCACCGCGAACCAGAUGGGCAUCCCGCUCGACUCGAAUCCUCGAUUGCUGCAGGAAGGCAAGCUUGAUCUGACCAAGAAAAAGGCUCGCCCGGAAAAGGAAAGCACCGCGACCUCAGCUAGAACGUCAGUUGAACCCAUGCCGAAGAAGAAGACGGUCCCCGAGAAGCCGGUGGAAGCUCCACCGAUUGUCCCAGAUCCACCCAAGGCCAAGACGCUACCAUGUGCGAUCUGCAACCAAGUUGAGCCAUCCGGCGAGGAACAUCUUUCAUGUCGCGAUUGUCGUCUAACAGUCCACUGCAAUUGCUAUGGUGUGCGAGACUCGCGCGCUAGCAACAAAUGGCUCUGUGAUAUGUGCUCUAACGACCGCAGUCCAUCGAUUUCUACGAACUACGAAUGCGUUCUUUGCCCCGUAUCAUGGACAGAGCACGAACUCAUGGAGACACCCAAGAACAACGCCCGGAAGAAGACCGAACGUGACAAGGAGAAGGAGCGCAUAGAGAAAGAGAUGGUCAACGAGGCUAUCAAGCUCUACCGCCAGCGACAGGAGGCUGUUGGAAAACCCGUCGGCCCUCGGGAACCUUUGAAGCGCACCGCAGGAAACAACUGGGCCCAUGUGCUUUGCACUUUGUGGACCCCAGAGCUGAAGUAUGGUGAUGCAGAGGAACUGGAACCAGCCGAAGGAUUCGGAUCUAUCCCCAAAGACCGUUGGCGCGAGACAUGCAAGAUCUGCAAGUCUAGCAAGGGUGCAUGUGUUCCUUGUAGCUUUGCUGGCUGCAAUGGUCACUUCCACGUGGGCUGUGCUUUCCAGGCAAAAUACCGGUUCGGCUUUGAUGUCACUCCCGUCAAGUCUUCUCGUCGCGACAGCAUGCGAGCUAUCCGUCUAGGUGACGAAAUUGGCUCGGUAACGCCUGUUGUAUACUGCCCUAACCACAGCGUGUCAGGCACUUUGCAUGGACUCGGCGAGCAGACUAGCACUGACCAGCUCAAUGCGCUCCAGCUGUUCGCUCAGACAUACAAGCAGGCUGACCUUACUCUCACUGGUACCAUUCGCAAGGCAGAUUAUAUGCAUCAGUCUGUUCCAGCACCACAGCACCAUGCUCAUGCCCACACUCAUGCUGGAAACAGACGAGCUUCAACAUGCAUUGCGCCGGCCCCUAAAGAUACCCCCAAGGAUGUUAUAAAGGCUCAACCGGCUAGCGAGGAUGCGCCUGAGGAUCCAAUGGAAAUUGACGCAGACAACCACGUUGCUCCGCGACCAACUGCUGAAGUUGAGACCAACCGAAAGUGCUUCCGCUGUUCGACCGGCUUUAGUCCCAAGUGGUGGACAAUCCCAAGACGCUCUGACUAUAGGCCGCCUAUGUCCAAUGGAACGGGACAUCACCACCCACCACAGCCCUUUGCUGCCAACGGAGACCAUGGAGAACCGACAUACGAAUGCCACAAGUGUCACUUGAAAAACCCGGCACCGCCCCCUCCGCCUGCACCCGAGCCUUCGCCGGUUCCUCGUCCCUCGCCUUAUUCGGAGCAACGUCAACCCAUGCCACCAAUUCCCCGCAUGCCUGGCCAUGCGUUUGUACCGCACCCACAUCCACACCAGCAUCCACAUCCACCUCCCCCAAGUGGUGUGCUUGGGCGGCCAAUGCCAACUCACCCGCACAAUGGCAUCCCCGUAUCCCCCUACACCGGGCCAUACGAGCGACCCCCACCUGACAAUGGCCUUCGUAAUGGCAUGUCUUCGUCUCCCUAUCCUGUGGCGCCUCCACCUCCCCACCACAUGAACAAUUUCCCCCCGCCACCCCAUGCCCCAGGACCUCCACCACCACACUAUGCCAGCGCUGGACCGGGUCCCCCACCACCUCCUUACGCAGCACACCAGAGCCCAUAUGGACCAGUACCGGCACGCUCGCCACAUCUCUCGCAGCCGCCACCUCGUUCGUACGCGGCCUCUGCGUCUCCACCGAUCGUGCAGGCAACAACAGUCAACCGCUCACCGCAGACCUCGCUCAGCGCGUUGAACGGUGGCCCUCCACCUCGCAUGUACUCUGUCGACCGCGGCCUAGGAGCCCCAUCGCAUUCACCGCCAGUGACUCAAGCCCGUCUCAAUCCCCGCGGCCCUACCUCUACCCCUCCCACUCGACCCGAGGACACCCCACCCUCUCUCAUGGCGGGACCACCCAGCGCCGGCCGACCUACCGGUGUGAACGGCACCAGCGCAGGAACCGGAGCCAGCGCCAGCCCCUCGCUGAAGAACCUCCUCUCAUAA